GGCUCUGCGCGUUCCCUGCCGGGGUCCUGGUGCUGGCGGCUGCUGCAUCUUUUAAACGGCGGGGCCCGCCGAUUCUGAGCUAGGAGGCGGACGCCGAGGGGUUAAGGAAGAAGACCUGCGCCCAGCAUGCCGAGCCUAUGGACAGUUCCCCAGUGAUGAGUCAGUGUGCCUGUAGAGGAAUGGAAGAAAACAAGGAAAGGCCGAAACGGCAGCGGCGGAACAACUUUCCCAUGUUUCCCUCACCCAAAGCCUGGCAUUUCCGAGGGCGAAAACGGAAGCAGAGCGCCCAGGAUGAAGAUGCUGUUAGCCUUUGCAGUCUUGACAUAAGUGAGCCCAGUAAUAAACGGGUCAAACCUCUUUCCAGAGUCACGUCACUAGCAAACCUCAUCCCCCCCGUGAAGGCCACACCAUUAAAGCGUUUCAGCCAAACCCUGCAGCGCUCCAUUAGCUUCCGCAGCGAGAGCCGCCCUGACAUUCUCGGCUCCCGGCCCUGGUCCAGAAAUGCAGCCCCCUCGAGCACGAAGCGGAGAGACAGCAAGCUGUGGAGCGAGACGUUCGAUGUGUGUGUCAAUCAGAUGCUUACAUCCAAGGAAAUCAAACGUCAGGAGGCCAUCUUUGAGCUUUCCCAAGGAGAAGAAGACUUAAUAGAGGACUUGAAAUUAGCAAAAAAGGCCUAUCACGACCCCAUGUUGAAACUCUCCAUAAUGACGGAACAGGAGCUGAAUCAAAUUUUCGGGACACUGGACUCUCUCAUUCCUCUGCAUGAAGAGCUCCUCAGUCAGCUUCGAGAUGUUCGGAAGCCUGACGGCUCAACGGAGCACGUGGGUCCCAUCCUUGUGGGUUGGCUGCCUUGUCUCAGCUCCUAUGACAGCUACUGCAGCAAUCAAGUAGCCGCCAAAGCUCUCCUGGAUCACAAAAAACAAGAUCACCGAGUCCAGGAUUUCCUGCAGCGAUGUUUAGAAUCCCCCUUUAGCCGCAAACUAGAUCUCUGGAAUUUCCUUGAUAUUCCAAGAAGCCGUCUGGUGAAAUACCCUCUGCUUCUUCGAGAAAUCCUGAGGCACACACCAAACGAUAAUCCAGAUCAGCAGCACUUGGAAGAAGCUAUAAACAUCAUUCAGGGAAUCGUGGCAGAAAUCAACAUGAAGACUGGGGAAUCAGAAUGUCGUUAUUAUAAAGAGCGGCUUCUUUACUUGGAAGAAGGCCAGAAAGACUCCCUGAUUGACAGCUCAAGAGUCCUGUGUUGUCAUGGGGAACUGAAGAACAACAGGGGCGUGAAACUGCAUGUUUUUCUGUUCCAAGAAGUGCUUGUGAUCACUCGAGCCAUCACUCACAAUGAACAACUUUGCUACCAGCUGUACCGGCAGCCGAUCCCCGUGAAGGACCUCUUGCUGGAAGACCUGCAGGAUGGAGAAGUCAGGCUGGGCGGCUCCCUGCGUGGGGCGUUCAGCAACAACGAGAGAAUUAAAAACUUCUUCAGGGUGAGUUUCAAAAAUGGAUCCCAAAGUCAGACCCACUCGCUCCAAGCCAAUGACACCUUCAACAAACAGCAGUGGCUCAACUGUAUUCGUCAGGCCAAAGAAACAGUUCUGUGUGCUGCUGGACAGGCUGGGGUACUUGACUCCGAGGGAUCGUUCCUAAAUCCCAACACUGAGAGCAGGGAGCCACAGGGAGAAACGAAACUUGAGCAGAUGGACCAGUCAGACACUGAGUCAGACUGUAGUAUGGACACAAGUGAAGUCAGCCUUGACUGUGAGCGCAUGGAACAGACAGACUCUUCCUGUGGGAACAGCAGGCAUGUGGAGAGCAAUGUCUGACGGAAGCGUGUGUCCAUCCUGGAAGUAGCCCUGUGUCUUACCUGUACAGUAUUUGCAUUCCACAUGUGGAACAGUUUGGAGAAGCACUUUUUAAUACUUUUGUGACCAUGUUGGCCCAGGCUCCUGUGUCUGUACAUGUGUCCCUAGUACUGUAACUGCCCAUCACUCUUUCUGUGUAAGCUGGGAUCUGUGGCAACCGUUAUCCUGUACUGUAUUUCAGAAGCAUCUGGAUGGAUGGAGAGGUACUUGAAACAAGUUACUUUCAGUUGUCCUGCUGGAUUUUAGAAAGUGGGAAGACAAAGAAUCUCUGAACUGCUGUUUCAUGCAGAGUGCUUGACAAGUCCUCCCAGCCAUGCUUGUCUGGCUCUCCGACGGGUCGCUGAAGGCAUGGGAUUUAGGGAGCCUUGUGAGCAGGAUGUGAUGAAGCCGCUCAUGGAGCGGAUGGCCUUUGAGGGAGAACUGGGAAAAAUCAACCUUUGAAGUGAACUGGGCUCAACAUUGUUCAACCAGGAAGCAAGAAAACAUCUCCGGAGGUUCUGAAGGCUGGGCUAUACAAAGGAUGAGGCGUGGUCUGAACCUUCCCAUUUCAUCCAGUGCGCGUUGGGUGCAGUGAUCUGCUAGGACAUGAAACAGAGGCUGACCUCACAGAGGGCAGCACAAAGGCAGCUGUCAGCUGUGCAUCUUCAGCUGCAAUGUACAUGGCACCAAAAGGUGUCUGUCCUAGUUAGUGGCUUGCCUUAGAGAGCCACUUCUAGCCUAAAACAUGACAGUAGGACCCAAAGGGCCUGGGAAAACCUGCCAGGAUGAUGAGAAGGCUCAGUCUUUGCUUUGUGUCAUCUGCCCAGGCUUACUCGGGGUGUAGAAUGUGUGUGAAGCCACAGUGAAAAGAUUCUGUGAGUGUGUCAGGGAUUCUGUCUACACGAACACAUGAGAAACAUCAAGAAUGCAAAGAGCUUCAUCAGACCUUCUGUGGAAACCAUUAAAAGAGAAAAAGCUUGGGCCAGUGUUUCUUGAGAGAGACGCAGGCCUUGGGAUUUCCUCCUCUGCUUUUGGGUCAUCAUUUUGCCGUCUCUGGUUCUAUGCUGUAAUCAGAAUUCUAAUUACAUUCUCCAAAGACCAAUUUCAUGCACUCUGAUUAAUGAAGAUCAGCUAGCCAAACUAGGAACCUCUUUGUCCAUCCUUGACUUACAGUGCAGGGCUGUAGACCUUGAAAAAGUUAACUAAAAACCCAGCAAAGCUUCCUGGAAGUGUAAAUAUUCAGGAUGACCCAUGCAAAGUUAUACCCACACCAGCACUAGUAGUAAUGAUUCUAAAUUAUUGCCAAAAAAGUCUUUUUUUUUUUAAUAUUCUUUCAAGUUUACAGAAAAGAAAGCAGUAAAUACAAUGUUGUCAUUUUAUCAUGUACAUAUACCAUGUGCAUUCAAAGAAGCAGUGUGAUGAGAUUUAUCAAUGUAAAAACAAGGUAUAUUACAUUAUUAUUUUUCAAAAAAAUUGUGGUCAAUUUUACCCUGUAAAACGUAUUUCUGUAUUUAUAGAUUUUAAACAUGGUGAAUUUUUUCUAUUACAAGUUUAUUUAAAUCUGCUUUGUUUCUCAAGUUGCUGAGUCAGCAAGCAAGUGAAGCCGCUGCAGCUAGAAGCAGGAGAAAGCUGAGAAAAGUCAUUUCAUGAUGGGGAAAAGAGCGAGUCCUUCCGCAGGAGCCGUCAGCCACUUUGGCCAAUGUGAAAAUGAGAAAAACGAGAAAAGAGGCUUGUCAGGUGUUUAACUAUGGGAAGGAAGUCACUGAAUGUUUUGAUGAAAUGAAUGUUUUUGUAUAACGGCCUUAAACUUUUCUGGAAGCAUUUCAAAUAAAUUACCUUUAAAUGUCA